GCGUCACUUCCGUGGUGUUGGAAGUGGCGGAGGAUCGAGUCUAGGGGCCUGGUGCGGUUUGAGAGCGACUGGUUCAGGGCAGCGAGUAGGUGGUGGAGUGAGCUUCUGUGUUUCUGCCCAUCCUUCCCGUUGAUAUCCGGGUAUGGAACUGGCGUUGGACUUGGGUGACCAGGACCUGGUGGACUUCCUGCUAGAGGAAAGCGGAGAUUUGGAGGCCGAGCAGCCACUUUCCGAGACACUGAGUGAAUGGGAGGCAGAGGAUUUCCUGAGUUCCCUGCUGAGUCCCGCCGCAUCGUUGAACGACCUUAGCUCCUCUAAUUCCUGUCUUGUUCUACAUGAUCACACGUACUCUCUCUCACAGCAGCAUGUCUCCAUAGAUCUAGAUGGUGGGAACUAUGGAAAAGAGGGGGCCCAGACGACUCCACUGCCUGUGGAGGAGCCUGCAGAGCAGGAAAUUGCUAGGCUGAUACUGACAGAUGAGGAGAAGAGGCUGUUGGAGAAGGAGGGGCUUACUCUGCAUGGGACACUUCCUCUUACUAAGAUGGAGGAACAAGUUCUGACACGAGUGCGGAGGAAAAUUAGAAACAAAAAGUCUGCUCAAGAGAGCCGCAGGAAGAAGAAGGUGUAUUUGGGAGGUUUAGAGAGCAGGGUCUUGAAAUAUACAGCCCAGAAUCUGGAGCUACAGAACAAAGUACAGCUCCUAGAGGAACAGAAUUUGUCCCUUCUGGACCAGCUGAGGAGACUUCAGGCCAUGGUGGUUCAGAUAUCAAACAAAACGAGCAGUACCAGCACCUGUGUCUUGGUUCUACUUUUCUCCUUCUGUCUGAUCAUCGUACCUGCUAUGUACUCCUCUGACACAAGGGGGAGCCUCCUAGCUGAGCGUGGAGUGUUGUCCCGCCAGCUUCGUGCCCUCCCCAGUGAGGAUCCCUGCCAGCUGGAGCUGCCUGCCCUGCAGUCAGAGGCACCGAAGGACAGCUCAGACCAGGAGCUCCAGGCUCCUGGCAACUCUUGCUGCCUGAUCUUCCACAUGCCUCAGACUCCUGGUUCUGAGUCUCCCCUGAAGCUACCACUUCCUGUCCCUUCCUCAGAGUCCCCCUGCCCAGGUCCCGUCCUUCCCCUGCAUGUAAAUUUUACAAGAGGUAGGGGAUGGCUCCCUCCUCACAGCCCCACAUCUGUUAUCUUACAGGGCAGAUAUUCAGGCUAGAUGUGAAUAUGGGGGGCUAAGCCAGAGCCUGAGGUUCCUAGUCUGGGUCCACAUGAAAGGGGUGGGAGGGGGCUAGCCUGAGCUCCUGUGUCCUGUGUCAGGAAGACUGAGAGUCCGAACACACCACACUUAACUGGCUUUCUGGGUCUUUUAUUUGUACCCAUGUAAAUCUACCACCCCAUGAAUGGGCCCCGGGGGAAUCAACCGACCUCCUUGAACAUUUCAUGCAGUGAGGGGAUUGGGUGAGAGAAAUAAAUAAGUGAUUCUGA